AAAGUCCUAUCGAUCGACGCUCAACACGCUACGCCGUUAAAGUGGAGGCUAGUUUCUUUGGAAACUUUGUCAGACGGAGAGGUUCACCAAGUUUAUACAACACCAGAAAAGCUGUACAUACAAGUAACUCCUAAAUAAAAAGAAGGAUGGCCGAAAAAGCAAGUAUGUCCCAAGCUGAUGAUCAGCAGUACAAAAUCAGAAUAUUAUAUUCUGAUAUGGUGCUACAUCUGAGUGAGAUGAUCAGCCCAAAUAUGAAAUUGACCUGGCACAGACUUUUGACAGCACUGGACCCAUUGUUACCUCAUGUACUCCAUGGUGACGACAUUACAUAUAUUGGAGACAUACUUGAGAAGCUGAGGGCAAAAGGAAAGAUUGAUCCUAUGAAAGUUUCCUUUGAGAAACUCUAUGAUGCACUCCUUAAAGUUGAUGUUGGUGCAGCAAAAGUUGUUAAGGAGACUUCAAUCCAGAUAAAAGCACUUCUGUCUAAAGAGGGUGCCAGCCCGGACCAUGUUGGCCAGGAGGAAGACGCUACGCUGGAGGUUGAGGCCACUGAUCAAUAUCUCAGUACCGAAAGAGACUGGCAAUUCUAUCUGGAUUGGAUGUCAGACAAAAUACACGAUGAAAUAAGCCCUGUUGCAACUCAUCUAUCAAUCUCAUUGGAUAAACAGAAACAGAUUGAAAAAGAUAAUAAUAUCGAACAUGAAAAGUGCUUUCACGUGUUAUGGGAAUGGUCUCGGAGCAGAAAAAACGAUAUGGACAAAGUUAAGGCCUUGUAUCAGGCAUUGAUUUUUGCAGACAGAGCAGACAUAGCAGAAGACCUAAUUCCAAAGCCAGCAAUGUACAAGUCUGAAAGUGAUAACAUUCCACAUCCGAAUAAAAAACUGAUUGAAAAGGACUUAUUGAUAGUGUCCAAGAAAAUAGGAGCACUUUAUCCGUCGCUGGCAAGAUAUUUCGGAAUCAACGAAAGCGUAAUACAUGACUCAAAAUAUAAAACGGAUGCGUUAAAUGCACAAUCAUUGGAAGUUCUUCUGAAAUGUUUCAGACAAACACUUCUUCAAACACGGCAGCAGCUAUGUGAUGGUCUUCAUUAUAAAAAUCGCAGAGAUAUAAUUGAUUUGCUGAUACAGGAAUGGAGUUUCACUUGAAAGCAACACAACCACUUUAAUGCCGAUAGCUCAUUUUCUUGUACGUAUCGUAGAGGCUUUGGGUAAGGAUUUUACGUCAUCUGGGACGAAGUCUUAUUUGACCUAUUGUGAUCGCGUUUUGUCCCGCGUUGUCGUCCAUCGUAAAUAAACCAUUUUCAUUUUCAACUUCUUCUCAAUAACCAACAGGCCCAGGGAUCAGAUUUUUUUUAAAUUUUUGGACUAAGAAAAAGUUUUGAGUUAAGUUUGUGGUGCAAGUGUCGAAAGGUAUUGAUACAUCACUUUAUAAUUGUACUAGGGUGCUAAUAAUUGGCAAUAGAGCCCCUCUUGGGUUAAACUAUCCCCUGCUAGAGUUAUUUAAAUAUUU